UGUGUUGUGUUGUGCGAGUUUCGUCCAUGUAAGUUGAUUUACAGUUGAUUCCAAAUCUUAAUUCUCAAACUUCUUUCUAAUUAAAUUCUACUUCUUCUUGAGUCGAUUGAACGCUAAGAACAGGGCGAUCCACAGAUAUAAUUCCAUACCCAACUCAGUUUCUUGAAUUUCCCCACUUCUUCAGCUUCAAUCUCGUUUAUUACGAUCUCGAUUCACCAUUUUCACGGAUUCUGUCCUCUGGAUUCCAUUCUUUUCAUUUUUAAAUCCGACCCACUAUUUUGCGGCUGUCUCUGAUUUCAAAUCCAUCACAAAUUUCGAGUUUUUGAGUUUGAUUGUACUCAAAAUUAGGGUUCAUUUGAGCUGUUUUAGGAUUGGAUCAGAAUUGAUACACUAUGCUGUCGAAUCAGCUACAAAAUGGAAUGGACAGAGCAAAAAACAUGUGGUCUCGUCUUCCGAAUACCGACGAAAAUGAGGACGAGCUUCUUAGUAUCUUGAAGAAGAACGAUGGGGGUGGCGUCGAAAGUCUUGAUUAUGAGGUUAUCGAGAAUUAUGCUUACUGGGAUGAGCAGGCGCAAAGAGGGAAAUUGUUUGUUGGCUAUAGUGUGGCAGUUAAGUGGCUGUAUGCCUUGUUCAUUGGCAUUGGCACAGGAUUGGCUGCAGUUUUCAUAAAUAUGGCUGUUGAGAACUUUGCUGGCUGGAAAUUUUCAUUGACAUUUGCCCUAAUUCAAAAGUCAUAUGUGGCUGGUUUUAUAGUAUACUUAGCAAUCAACUUGGGUCUAGUGUUUUCAUCUGUAUAUAUAGUCACACACUUUGCUCCUGCAGCAGCUGGAUCUGGCAUACCUGAAAUCAAGGGCUAUUUGAAUGGAAUUGACAUACACGGUGUCCUUUUCUUCAGAACCUUAAUUGGAAAGAUAUUUGGAAGCAUUGGUUCAGUGGGAGGUGGAUUGGCUUUAGGCAAAGAAGGGCCUCUUGUACAUACAGGCGCCUGUAUUGCUUCUUUGUUAGGACAAGGUGGAUCUGCUAAAUAUCAUCUAAAUUCCAGGUGGUUACAAGUAUUCAAGAGUGACCGGGAUCGUCGUGAUCUGGUAACCUGUGGGUGUGCAGCUGGAGUUGCUGCAGCUUUUAGAGCUCCAGUUGGCGGUGUAUUAUUUGCACUGGAAGAAGUAACUUCUUGGUGGAAGAGUCAACUUUUGUGGCGUGUGUUCUUCACUUCUGCAGUGGUGGCUGUUGUGGUGCGUGCAGCUAUGGGAUGGUGUAAGAGUGGGAAGUGUGGACAUUUUGGUUCUGGUGGUUUCAUAAUAUGGGACAUAUCAGAUGGCCAAGAGGACUACUCUUUUGGGGAGUUGUUGCCCAUGACUGUGAUUGGUGUAAUUGGAGGGUUAUUAGGAGCAUUAUUCAACCAGCUUACUCUUUACAUUACUUACUGGCGACGAAACCAUCUGCACAAGAAGGGGAACAGAGUCAAGAUCAUUGAGGCUUGUCUUAUCUCAGUAUUGACAUCAAUUAUUUCCUUUGGACUACCACUUCUAAGGCAAUGUACUCCAUGCCCCAAACCUGAUCCUGAAUUGGGAAAUGAAUGCCCAAGGCCUCCAGGAACAUAUGGGAAUUAUGUUAAUUUUUAUUGCAGUAAGGACAAUGAAUACAAUGAUCUUGCAACCAUCUUCUUUAACACCCAGGAUGAUGCCAUAAGGAAUUUGUUCAGUGCAAAAACAAUGCAUGAAUUCAGUGCGCGGAGUUUAUUGACCUUUCUGGUUAUGUUUUAUACUUUAGCUGUCGUGACAUUUGGUACUGCAGUUCCUGCUGGUCAAUUUGUUCCUGGUAUAAUGAUUGGAUCUACAUAUGGACGUUUGGUUGGAAAGUUUGUGGUUAGUUUCUACAAGAAGCCCAACAUUGAAGAGGGAACAUAUGCUUUGUUGGGUGCUGCAUCUUUUCUAGGAGGCUCUAUGCGAAUGACAGUGUCUCUGUGUGUCAUCAUGGUUGAAAUUUCAAACAAUUUGAAAUUUUUACCUCUCAUCAUGCUUGUGCUUCUGAUGUCCAAGGCUGUUGGUGAUGCCUUUAAUGAAGGCCUGUAUGAAGAGCAAGCCCAGUUGAGGGGUAUUCCAUUACUGGAAUCGAGACCGAAGUACCAGAUGCGGAAAAUUACAGCAAAGGAGGCCUGUGGAAAAAGGGUUGUCUCCUUCCCCCGCGUUGUUAAGGUUGCUGAUGUCGUUAGUAUUUUACGGAGCAACAGACAUAAUGGCUUUCCUGUGAUCGAUUACUCUCGAAAUGGAGAAACCCGUGUCAUUGGACUAAUGCUUAGAAGUUACUUUUUAGGACUUCUGCAGUCCAAAGUAGAUUUUCAGCACAGUCCCUUGCCUUCUGAUCCGAGAGGAUCUAUAUCAAGCAGGCACAAUUUCAGUGAAUUUGUGAAACCUGCUUCCAGUAAAGGAAUUUCUAUUGAUGAUAUAAAUCUUAGUUCAGAGGACUUGGAAAUGUACAUCGAUCUACUUCCAUAUCUGAAUCCAUCUCCAUAUAUUGUCCCCGAGGAUAUGUCUCUGACAAAGGUAUAUAAUCUUUUCCGGCAACUGGGUCUGAGACACGCAUUUGUUGUUCCCCGUCCAUCAAAUGUGGUUGGUUUGAUUACUCGAAAGGAUUUGUUGAUAGAGGAUAGCGAAGAUUCCGAUGCAAUGGAACUACAAUCGACUAGUGUAAGAGCUCGUCGUCCAGAUAGAAGAAUACAUACACGGAAUGGGGAUGUGGAGAGCCCACUUCUCAAUGGACUUUUGGUCAAUAACACAGAUGGCUGAUAAAUAUAAUAUAGCAACUUCAAAGCUUAAGAUGGUCAGCUUAUUACUACUUUGAGCUCUCUUCAUAUUCCCAUUAGGAAAUAUAAUUCUUUAUUGUUUGCCGGUUGGGAUUCCAAUCCCAAGCCUGGUAUCUGCAGCAUUGUAUUGUAUCAUAGAAUGUUAGUAAAGAUAGAAAAAAUGGCUGAGGUAACUUUUUGGAAUAUUGUAGAGUUGCUUAGUUGAUUUUUGUUUUUGACAUUGUUAUACUUUAGUAACAGGCUAUGAAAAUGUGCUGGAUUGAUA